CACUGUUUUUUUCCCCCUAAGAACAUUUAUCAAAUGACACACAUCUUUUAGCUCCACGUUUGUUAGUUUUUUUUGCCUUUUUAUAUUUAGUAGACAAUUCAAUGUUUGUCCCCGUCCCCGUGGUAACAUGGCAUUAGUCCCCGUCCCCGUGGUAACAUGGCGUUAGUCCCCGUCCCCGUGGUAACAUGGCGUUAGUCCCCGUCCCCGUGGUAACAUGGCGUUAGUCCCCGUCCCCGUGGUAACAUGGCGUUAGUCCCCGUCCCCGUGGUAACCUCGCAGACAAUCCAUUUAGACCAGGUGUUUGAAAUGUUUGCUCUUUCCCAGCUAUUAAAAGGCGGCUAUUUAAGAGAUCUAUUUCAGAGAUCUAUUUAAAGAGAUCUAUUUCAGAGAUCUAUUUAAAGAGAUCUAUUUCAGAGAUCUAUUUCAGAGAUCUAUUUCAGAGAUCUUAAGUUUAAGUUUUUGGUUUUGUCAAAUGCAGUAGUUUGGGGCAUGUGGUCAGCUCUGUUAUCAGUUGAUCUCUCUGUGUUUAAUCACACGUGAAAACUCUACAGCCUUCCUAUCAGUGUAGAAUAUCCUGAUGCAAAGAUACAUGAACAUGAUUCAUAUAUACGAAGCCAAUCACAGUAGUAAACUGCUUAAAAUAUCAGGCUGGGGUACGGGUUCUCCUUGCACCUAUUUUACCCACUAUCUUUCUCUGCGGGUGGUGGUGAUGGGUUCCCUUCUCUCAAAACUGGUUUUUAUGAAGCAGGUUUUGAAGUUCAGCUUUCAUGUCUCAAUGCUUUGCACCAUGACGUUAACCACUUUGAAUAUUAUCACGUCAAUAUUAUCGGAAAGUGUAUUAGUGUGGGUUAGAGACAUGAAUUGGUUUAGUUGACUCUCAAGUGCAGUGUUCUGUUUGGUUAUACGACUUUCAGAUCGUUGUCUUGGGAAGUUCCGUUACAACGAACCCUGACACCGUUUAUUGAUUUAUGCAUCCACGUAACCUUUCACAUUUUGAUUCCGUCUUCAUUCGAUAAUCAAUAGCUUCCACUUAACCCUACUAAAUCUGAUCUUUAGCGAAACUAGUUAAGCCCCGUUUCAUUACUGAAUAAACUAUUUCCCUUGGCAGUCUAUUAUCUUGAAAGUAUGACUGUAAACCUUUUGUUAAAAAAAGCUGCUUGCAAUCUUGCAAAUUUCACUAAAGCAGUGCAUGGAGUUUGUAAAAUAAUGUUGUAUGUUUUUCACGAUGACUACUUCUCCCCCUGCUGUCUGUUCCCUGUUUGCUUGCUGUUUUUCUUUCUUCCAGUGAAGAUGCAGGAACUGUCUUCUUCUGCUCUGACCUAACCAACAGAACCCUGAUGAUGUUCUAGAAGCUGUUCUAGAACAGUUUGACACACAACUGAUGUGAAAAGUGUUUCAGUGUGAAAUAGACUUGAAACUGACCAAACCGAUCAAUCGCAGAAAUCCAGUCUGCUUUCCAGUUUGAUAACUACUGUCCAUAGACCUGUCCCAGGGCGAGCCAGAGAGAAGACCAACCAGUAACCCUCCUGUGUGUUUCUCCUCUCCAACUCUUUCAGCUUUGCGUUGCUAUUGGAUCGUUGCGCUGCUCCCCUUUCCAGCCCGCUGAAUCCCAUUGGAGGGCUGGGAGUUGGGAUCCCGCCCCUGCAGCUCCUCUUAGGCCACGCCUCCCUGCAGCUGGCCCAGCUCGAUACCGCUGCAACCACCACUUCUGCCGCCAACCCCCCCCACCACCCUACACUCACCUCCUCUCGCCCCCAUCAACCUCCUCACAGCAGCAGCUACCGUCAAUAACAUGUCCCGUCCCCUAUAUAACCCCUUAGGGGACCAGUACUCUUCACAGGCCCAGAGAUCUGCCGCCCAGAUGGGGCAGUACGGACUCACACAGUCCCAGGCCGGAAGGGACCCUCUGGGGGCCUCCCGCCUUGGUCUGGGGUCUGGUGGUGGUGGUGGUGGUUCCUCCGGCCAGGGAGGCAUGAUGUCCUCGAUGGUGGCCCAGCAGAUGGGGUAUGACCCGGGGCAGAGAUCGACCGGGAUGACCCCGGAGAUGGAGACCUCCAUAGACCACCACAUCCGCGGGGCCAGAGAGGAGGUGAGGCUGCUCAGCCAGUUGAUGCAGCAAAAUAAGAACCAGCAGGUCUCACUGGACGCCCAAGACCUUCGCCUAAGUCGCGACCCCAUGGACGAGCUCUCGUCUGGGGGAGGGCUGGGAGGUUACACUCCUGGCCGGACCUCCAGCGACCAGCAAAGUUCCAUGGACCCCUGGUCUGGCUUCCUGACCCAGUCUGCUUCCUCCAAACUCUUCUCCUCCACCCUUCCUCAGUACCAAAGCCAAACCUCUGGGUUUGGAGGUGCGGGAGUGCUGGGGUCCACCUCCAGAGGUUCCGAGGCCCCCAUGAGCGCCUCGUCCGCAGCCUCUCGUCCAGCCCGGUACACGUCCAAGUCCGCCAGCAGCAUCCUGGCGAGUUUCGGCUUGUCCAACGAAGACCUGGAGCUACUCAGCCACUACCCAGACGAUCAUCUGACCCCAGACAACCUGCCCUUCAUCCUCAGAGACAUCCGCAUCCGUAAGGCCAAUAGAACUAUGGAUGUGGACCCUCGGCCCAAGGUAGGCGGUGGACCUGGCCCAGGGUCCGACCAUGGUGGUGGAGGACAGAGCAAAGUGAUCGAUUACGAACAUUCUCGUGCUACUAAAUACGACAGUUAUGAUGAUGGUGAUAAUAGCCAACCCGAUAAUUACAGCUUGCGUAAUCCGCUCCCGAAAGAGAAGCCAAAAUAUGACAUGGUCAGAGACUCGCUGAGCGGGUACGCCGGCCAUUUCAUGACCUCCGACCUUUCUAAGCAGCGUACCCAACAGCAGCACAUCCACAGACCUGCGGUCCAGAGCCCCAUCCCCAUAACAGACACAGGCUCUCGCAUCAGCCUUCCUCCGCCUUCCAGCCAACCCCAGCAGACCCUCAAAACACACGGCUCAUCCUCUAAAGCGACAUCCAAGCCCAUGAACAUCCCUGUCCGCAGCGGAGACCAAGGACUCAACCGACUCCUGGCGUCCCAGAAUCAAGGCAACGCUCGGGGCCACGCUCAGCCCCGGUCCGGCCUGGUGGUUCUUGGUGGUGGUGGUGGAGCUGGGGUCGGAAUUCCAGGACUCAGGGUUGGAGGUGUCCCGGUCGGGGUUCCUCCUCCCACGACACCCCCCAUUUGGCCAUCCAUAUUCCCCAUCAUGAACCCGUCAAUCCCACCUCCUGGUCAUGUCCCGGUGACUUUUCCUCCGCCCCGGAUUGGUCCGAUGCCUUCCAUGCACCAGCAGAUGAACCUACCUCCCCCGAUGAUGAUGAUGACGAAGAGGUUACCGACCCAAACCAUGAUGAGCGAUUACUCCGCAGCUUCUCCCAGAUUCUUUCCUCAUACCUGUUCUCUCUGUAACAUAGAAUGUGCCCAUCUAAAGAACUGGAUCGAGCAUCAAAACACCGGUCUCCACGUUGAGAAUUGCCGUCUACUCGGGACAUCGUAUCCCGACUGGAACGUGGAAACUGUCGCUGUAUCAAGAAAUGAAAGCAUCCAGUUGUCCUCCAAGCGCCGUCGGAGAACACGCUCCGCCUCCCGUUCUUCAUCCUGGUCUCGCUCUCCUUCUCCUCCACGCCCCUUCUCCUACCACACCCCCUCCUCCUCUACUCGCCGACCUCGAUCCAGGGAACGAUCCCGCGAACGUCGACACAACACCACCACCCGGCGUUCCCGGUCUCCGGGUUCACUUCGGGGCAGGGAGAGAGAACGUGACCCUCCGGCCUCGUCGUCUUCCCACCGGGAUCAGGAACGUCGACCUCAGACAGCCUCUUCAUCCCGGAGGUCGCGCUCUAGGAGCUAUGAGCGGGAGAGAGCGAGGGAACGUCGGGAGACGACGAGGAGGAGCAGCCUGCCGAAGUCUAACAGUGCUGAGAGACUGGCCAAGAAACUACUGGAGUCAUCUGCUGGCCUCUCCCUGACGGAGAACACCAGUCUAGAAGUUAUGAUGCAGUCCCUCGCCCCUGCCCUCCUGGCAGAGCUCGCCAAGAAGAAGGGAGCCGCCGCCUCCUCUUCCUCCUCAAAGGGAGGUGCCUCUCGGAAAACUGAAACGGGAAUAUCCAAGUCAGGAAGCAAGCUCGGAUCUGGAAGGUCAUCAACCAGGAAAUCGUCCUCUCCCUCCAAGUCAUCCAGCUCCACUUCUACCAAGACUAAGAAGAAACGAGGCCCAGGGACCUCAGCGCUGUUAAAACUGAUGAAUAUCCCUCCGCGCACAGCUCAUGAUGAGGUGAUGAAGGCCGUAGAACCCUUCGGAAAGAUCAACUACAUCAUCCUGCUCAAGUCCAUACAGCAGGCAUCAGUAAUGUUUGAGAAAGCAGAGGAUGCCAGACUGCUAGCUAGCUGUAAGACCCUGACCAUCAAAGGCGAGGUCGUUAUCAUACGGAUGGAGGAAGAGACUCUGCUGGAGGACUCAAAGGAACUGGACCGGGACAAAAAGUAUUCUUCUGAAAGGAAAGCGAAAGCCCAGUCCCAGACUAAAACAUCUACCAAGUCUUCAACGACUGCAACUAAACCGCAAACUGCCGGUACCAAGAACGCACCCAAGGUGUCUAAUACCAAGUCCAAGGGGAAAAGUCCCCUCGGUCCUCAGCAGCCUGACAUUGCGAAUAAUCGGUUUGUGAAGAUCGAAGGUUUACCAGAAACUGGCUAUACAGAGGAAGAUGUUCUGGCUCUGGUGAAGCCUUACGGAUAUAAACCUGGACUCUACAACUGUUUCAUUCUGCCCAACCAGAGAUGGGCCAUAAUCCGUAUGGAGAGAGAACAGAAGAGCUUUGCUAUGUUGACCAACUACACAGAGUCUCCUCCUAAACUACUAGACUGUCCCCUCACCUUCAUGCUGACCCGCCCUGAUACAAACCUCCUCCAGGAGGGUGUGUACACCACUCUGAAGGGCCUCACCACUACGGAUCCAACGUUGAAGGAACGUCUUCUGAUUGUCAGUAACGUCCCCGCAGGGACUGCAGCAGCCCAGGAGGUUCACGACCUCGUCAAACGCUUCGGCUCCUACCUCGACUCGCUGUCUCUGAUCAACAGGAUCUAUUUUGAGAUGGAAUCGUCGUCGGUGGCGAAGACCGUGUGUCUUCAUUUCCAGAAGUCCCCCAGUGUAGUUCAGAACAACCCUCUGAAGUUCAACUUGCUGGUCAAGGAUCAACAGGCACCGCAGCCCCCAGCCCAGAAGACAUCUGUUGUCAGCACCAAAGCCAAGAAGAAACCAAUCAAAGGCAAGAAGCCUGUAGCUAAAGAUGUCACAACCCCAGUUAAACCUGUUACUUCCACUACUACCAGCACCAAUGCUACGGUCUCAUCCUCUCAGCCUGUUGCUGUGGCUGCCAAGCAACCAGGAAGUGACGUCGUGGUGAUGAAUUCCGACGGAAAGGCAACGGUGGCGGAGUCUGGAGGGAAAGAGGGUGGGAUUUCCUCGACAAAAGAUGGGAAGAAGAAGAACGCUCAUCCUCCCAAAGAGGAUGGAGGGAUGAAAACUGAGGAGGAGGCAAAAGGAAACAAGGAAGACACUGCGACCGUCACCGUUUCCGCCUCGUUACCUACGGUUGCCGUGUCCGCUCCCGAGGAAGAAGUCGCCAUGGAAACCCAGAGCACCGCCGGCGUCGCCUCGACCAAUGAGGUUGCAGCAGAACCCGAACAGGUUCUAGCUGCGGUCCCACAACAGGGCAGUGAUGUCAUUGCGUUGGCUAGUGAAACCGUGACGACUGUGGCCACAACAGAACCUCGUUUGAUCUCUGCUGUGGAGGGAUCUGAUAACGUGGCCAAUCCCGUCGACUCUGACACCGUUGCUGCCUUGGUACCGGCACAAACACCGGCUCCUGUCUCGGUAGAGUUAAAUGUUGAAGACAAACCUCAGGACUUUCCUCCGGUCACCGAGGAGAUCCUCAAGGCCCUGGAGGCAGCGGUGCACCAACACCGUAUGGGGAGACUGGCGGAGGAACAGGCGAAACAGGAACACAACCAGGGAGAGGGGAUCCAGGCCAAGCCUCUACCCAACCAGGAGAGCCCUGCAGCUGGGGAGACGGCGGAGAGAAAGACCCCGGCUGAGUCAGAAGAGAAGACUGGGGAGAAAGAGGAGCCACGACUAGAGAAGAAGUCACAGCCGGACAAGAAGACCACCGACACGAAGAAGACACCUUCAGGAUCUGGCCAACCAGACCACAAGAAGACCACCGACACAAAGAAGACACCUUCAGGAUCUGGCCAACCAGACCACAAGAAUGGGAAGACCGAGGCUUCCGGAGGGAGAGGCCGGCGCCUCUCCGCAGAAAGGAGAGACUCUUCAAGGCAUAGAAGCAGCCGGGCUCCUUCCGAUGAGGGCUCCCUUCGACGCCUAGACAGGGUAACUCCUCUAGCUCCUCUUCUGGCUCCCACAGGAGCAGCAGACCCGACGGCAGCCCCGCCAAGAAGAAGGGGAAGAAGGGGAGGAAAGAAGAGGAAGACGAGAGGAGCAAGAGCCUCGGUAGCAGCAGUAAAACGACCCUCUCCUCUAGGAGCAGGUCUAAAGACACGUUGCUACGCGGGAGAUGAGUUUACGUCUGACGUCAUCCCUGGUGAAGCCAACUCCUUCUAUCUGGACCAGUUCAACAUGGACCAGUUUGUUACUGUGGAUGAGGUGGAAGGUGAUGAGGCUAAGAACACCAACCCACCGCAGUCAUCCUCAUCUUCGUCACACAAUACACAAGAUAAGGCCUCGGAAAGGUCAAAACGAUCGUCCAAACGCAAGAGGGGUACCCCAGAUACCCCAUCUCCGAAAUCUAGCCUGGAGCACAAGGAGACACCCACGUCCUCCUCCUCUACCCCCCCUGCUCAGAAGACUCCACGAAAAGCCGCAGCAAAAAAGGCGUCAGCUAAACCUCAACCACCUGCCACCUCUGGACGCAAGACCAGGUCAUCAGCAGCUGUUGUAGCAACCGAAGCCGCAGAAACCCAGGAAGCUGCCGACGAAAACACCAGCAUAGCCGAUACGGAGGCGGAGCCUGUUCCCUUGGAGACUCGGUCUCAGUCGGAAGAGGUUGUCGUCACUAAGGGAUGUGAGACGGAGGAUGUAGUACCUUCAUCCCACCACAAGAUGUCAGUGUUGGACACUGCAGUGACCGACAACAAGGAAGAGAAAAGUGCUGUGUCAGAAAGCGAUAUGGAGACGACCGCUGAAAAACCUCCAGAGCUAGAGGGGAGCGAGGAGACGACCCAGGCUGAAAAGAGUUCCUCGAUUCUGGGUACCUCAGCCAAGGAGCGAAACCUUCAGAAGGCCCUGCAACUACAAGAGGUGGAGACGGUGUCGGGUCACCAGGUGCCCCAAUCACUUAUUGAUAAAGUACCCGAUGAUGAUGGUGAUUUCCAGAUACUCGACGAAGCUGUGGACGAUGACACACCUAGAGAUGGAGAAGAGGGCAGUCAAGCCACUCAAGAACAGUCUGGAUCUCUAUCUCUGGGUUACCAGGCGCCUGCAGCCUCCGAAUCUACAGGUUCCCAGGUGCCUCAAGCUACACUAGAGGAACACGAAGAGAUCUCCAACGACAAAGAAGAAGAAUCUGCUUUCCAGAUCCUCGACUCUCUAGAAGACACUGAAGACAACAUGGCCGACUCCUCUCUCGCAGGCCAAGGAGGCCGAAGAGAUUCUCUACCCAGAGAGAUGGAGGGGUUCCAGAUACUAGAUUCAGUCGACGAUCAGACGGAAACGACCCAAGUUCUGAACAACCAUACGACCGACUCUAAAUGUCAGGGGGGCUCCAAGCCUCUAAAGGGGGGUAAGAAGACACCCCAAAAGAAGGGGAAAAAGGAGAUUAAGAAGGUAUCCAAAACUCAAGAGGUGACCAAGACCCCAACAGGAGAGUCCGAGGGGGGUACCCCGAAAAAGAGUAACCUUGUCACCUUGGAUGAGGUGAGCGAGGAGGAGGAGGAUUACCCAGAUGACGCCGCCGAAGAGGAAGAACUUAUUAAGAAACAAAAACUGGUGAAGGAGAAGCAGCGAGAGAAGGACAGAGGGAAGGAGAGAGAGAAAGGGCGGAGGAGGAGUAGAGAGAAGGAACGGACUAGGGAGGAGGAGAGGGUCGGAGUGGAUACUGAGGGCUUGGUGACUUUGGAUGAGAUCGGAGAGGAUGAAGGAGCGGAGGGGCCUUGCCUGGAGUCAGGAGACACCUUCGACCCAGAGACUCUGGUAACCCUGGAUGAGGCUGGAGGUGAUGGGGAGGAUGAUGAGGAGGAAGAGCAGAACAAGGGUCCUGAACCAGCGCAGAACCAGCAAGCUGACCACACAGCUGAUGCUACAGGGUCUCCUGGUGCAGAGGACGAUGGCAGGGGCAUGGAGGAAAUCAGGAGAAUGGACUUUGUGACCGUGGAUGAAGUGGGAGAAGAGGAGGAGGAGGAGGCUGUUACCACAAGGAGAGGAGCCAGGGGGAGGAAGAGGGCCCGACAGACCUCUGCCAGGAAAUCAGUGAAGGUGAAGAAGGCGAGCGUCAAAGACCAGGAAGAGGAGGAGCCUCGGGCAGAUACGACUCCUCCCACUGACACAGCUUCCGUUGACGCUCCCUCCUCAUUGCUCCAAGUCGCUGUGACCUCAGAGGUGGACACCCAACCAGCUGCCUCAGACCUCCAGGAGAAAGAGAGGAAGGCUGAUACCCCUGCAGACCAACCCAGCCUGGAGGCCUCCUCAGCAGGGCAGGAGAGGCAGACGGACCCCCCUGAGAACCAGAGUCUGGAGGGGAAACAGGAGACAACAGAUAUCUGUGUUGGAAAGGCUUGGACAGACUCCACGACACCACAAGAAGACGGUGAACAGAGAAGAGAGGAGGAAGAGGAGCCUGAAUUAAAACGUUGUCGUUCUGAGUCUCCUCUGAUCACAGACUUCAAACUGCCUCCCUUCAGCCCUCACAACCCUAUAGGCCAGGACUUUGUGGUUCCUAAGACAGGGUUCUUCUGUAAGUUGUGUUCUCUGUUCUACGGGAACGAACACACUGCCAAGAAGACCCACUGCAGCAGUCUGCAACACUAUCAGAACAUGCAGAAAUAUUACCUGACGCGUCAGAAGCAACAAGCAGGAAGUUCUAGCUCCGUCUCCGAAUGACCCCCUUGACCCUGGAUGUGUCCCAAAUGGCACCCCAUUCCCUACAUAGUGCACUACUUUAGACCAGAGCCCCGUAGUGCUCUGGUGGCAGGGUGCCAUUUGACUCCCAACUCAAUCAAUCUAUAUUUUCUAAUUUGUGUGUCUGAAACAACUGUAAGUCUGGUCAUAAUACUACACUAUAUGGGGAGACAGAGGAUCUGAGUACAGGAGUGUUGAUCCAGGAUCAGCCCCCCCCCCAGUCCAUAUAGUUAUAGAUCAGUCCCCCCCAGUCCAUAUAGUUAUAGAUCAGCCCCCCCCCCA